CUCCGCUUCAUUUGUAAAGUAGCGCACGCCAAACUCCGUUCCCUUUCAUCCCAGUACGAUUUGCAAGCACUGUGAAGUUAGCAGAUGGAAGAUAGCGCAUCACUAGCGGGACCUCACCUAGUACAGUGACUCAGAUUUGCUGUGGGACUACUCUUAAUGAAAAAGACCACGUCUUCCGGGCGACAGAGUUGGUUAAAGCGGUAAAGGAAAACUCCCCAUCACACAUCGAGUACUCUAGACCGAAUUCCAUAAGUGAAGAAAUUAACCGUGUUGAGCUGAUCGUGUUGUUAGACUUUGGAAUUUAAUAAUUUUCAUUGCCUACUUUGGAUCCAUUUUUUCUCUUCUAAUGGAAAUGCGAUUUACAUAAUUACAAAAAAUUGGACUUUAUUUAAGAAGUGGUUGCAGAAAGUUUUUAUUGUGAAAUGUGACGGAUGUACUAUUGUUUUAAUGGCGUUCCUCUCCGAUGAUGAAAAAGAAGUUGUAAAUAGAGAUGGCUAGAAUAAAAAUACUUUUCGAGGAGUUUAAGUGGAUAAUAAUUCUUGUUCUCUGUUUAGAGGUUUCAGGAAGGAAUCGAUAUAAAAAGUACAUAGAACCAAACUUUGUCCAGAAAGCCAACAAUAUUACAGUGCACAGGGGCCAGACAGCAGUCCUAGAGUGUACUGUGGAAAAUUUAGGACCGAAAACGGUUGUUUGGAGAAAAAAAUCGGACAGUUAUGUCCUUUCUAUAGGGGAUAGAAUGUAUGCAGAUAUUGAAGAAAUGAGUGUGGAUGUUUCCAGAUCUCCUAAGUACGACCGAAUCCAGACUGAUUUGAUUAUCAAACACGCCCAGCCGAGUCACAGUGGUUUAUAUGAAUGUCAAAUAAGCUCCAAAAAGGGCUAUAAUUUUAUCGUGCAGCUAAAUGUGCUGGAUACUCAACCAGCAUAUGAACCUGCUCUAACGAUAAAUGGCUCCGUGUAUGUAAGUAGGUUUUCCAAAAUAAGCCUCACCUGCAACGCAACGGGUGCAGUCAGGGCACCAGAAGACAUAGACUGGUUCCAUAAUGGACAGAAAAUACGUCAAAAUGAUCCCCACUGGCGCCACCGAACCCUCAUUUAUAAAUACCAGGAGGUUCCAGGACGGUCUCUGGUCAGUAACCUAUCGGUAGAACGCGCGAGAGAUGAGGAUGCUGGGACCUACAUCUGUAGGAGUUCGGACAAAGACACCAAGAGCAUCACGGUACACGUCCUCAAUGCCGGCAAAGAUAUCUCUGAAAGAGAAGUUGGCAAUGGUAUAUCCUCAAAACACGAUCAUCAAACAUUAGAAAACAACUGUAGUUCUCAGUGUCGUCUGCUGAAUGUCCUGUUAUUGGUGACGUCAGUUCUGCUUGUCAAUAGGUGAUGAAGAUGAUCUUUCGAUAGGUAACCUAUUGAUAUUUACAUAUCGGGACAUGUGCCUUACAUCACCCAAUGAUGAUAUUUGCGUUAAUUUCUGCGGUGAGCAGUCGAUUUCAGAAGAUAUAUUGCACGUUUUGUUCAAUGGCUAGAUCGAUUUGAGACACUUGGUAACUGGACACCUAGUGAGCAGAGGAUGGAACUCUUGAUUUGUUACUGGUGGGUAAAAUUCCAGAUGCAACUAACGCCAGACAAAGUUGGGAAGUCAAUAGUCUUUUAGCGACAUCUUCAUGUGGCUUUUGCUUUUGAGAAAGCUUUAAGUUGACAAAUAUUUGAACUGGUAAACAUUUGCAUGGAUUUUUUUUUAUACAUUGUACAAUAUUGUUUUGCAGCUCAUUUACAUUUGGCCGUUACAGGUACAUUCUACACUUUGAAAGUGCUGAAAACGGCAUAAAUUUAAACAAUAUAUGUGUAACGGCCAGUAAUACUUUAAGGAGGGUUUUGUAAAGCCUGUUUUAAGUUAUAUAUAUAUUUCAUGUUUCAACAUUCCACAUUUAUUGACAAUAAUGAAAUAUAAUCACAUUUUCGUGAUGCAACAGAGAAAGCAUGUGAUUCAUAAUCGUCAUUUCUUACCUAUAUAUGGUCAUCACAUCAAAUGAUAUACUGUUUUCAUUUCAAUCGUUAUCAUUAUAACAUAAAUUAUUUCAUUAUCUUUCAUGUUUUUGUUUCAAUUGUUCAAUAAAAUGUUAUUUAUU